UUGCCCUGAUUUCUCCAAAGAGCUGUCGCACGUUUAACUGGUUUAGAGCUGCGUCAGUAAUCCAACUGCGGCGUAGAAGAUCUUCCGUCCUCGCCACACUAGACAGGUCAUCGCGCCCACAGCACAAUGUUGGGAGGGAAGUUAUUCAAGCAAUGAAUCCUGCGAAUUUAGCUAGCACUGAAAAUAAUACAGAAGAAUAUAUAUUUGCGGUUGGUACUUACAAACUCCUUGCUUUUGCCAUCGGAACAAUCGGAGUCUUCGGAUUUUGCAACAAUAUUAUUGUAAUCGUGCUUUACUACAGAUUCAAGAGACUCCGGACGCCCACAAAUUUGUUAAUAGUAAACAUAAGUAUAAGUGACUUGUUGGUGUCUGUCAUUGGAAUAAACUUUACGUUUGUUUCGUGCAUCAAAGGCGGAUGGGUCUGGAACUCGGCAACAUGCAUUUGGGACGGAUUCAGCAACAGUUUAUUUGGCAUCGUGUCCAUCAUGAGUCUCUCGGCCCUGGCCUAUGAGCGCUACAUCCGGGUGGUCCAUGCUAAGGUGGUGGACUUCCCCUGGGCCUGGAGGUGCAUCACUUACAUCUGGCUCUACUCCCUGGUCUGGACAGGGGCUCCUCUUCUGGGGUGGAACCGCUACACCCUGGAGAUCCACCAGUUAGGCUGCUCUCUGGACUGGACUUCCAAGGACCCUAACGAUGCCUCCUUCAUUCUCUUCUUUCUCCUGGCCUGCUUCUUCGUACCAGUGGGCAUUAUGAUCUACUGCUAUGGGAACAUUCUUUACACAGUGCAAAUGCUCCGCUCCAUCCAGGACCUUCAGACAGUGCAGAUCAUUAAGAUCCUGCGCUACGAGAGGAAGAUGGCCGUCAUGUUCCUCUUGAUGAUCUCUUGUUUCCUGGUGUGCUGGACGCCCUACGCCGUGGUGUCCAUGAUGGAAGCCUUUGGCAGGAAGAGCAUGGUCACCCCCGCCGUCGCCAUCAUCCCCUCCUUCUUCGCCAAGUCCAGCACGGCCUAUAACCCUCUCAUCUACAUCUUCAUGAGCAGAAAGUUCCGGCACUGCUUGCUGCAGCUGUUGUGCUCCCGGCUCUCGUGGAUUCAGCACAGCAUCAAGGACCGCCCCCUGGCCCAGAGCAUCGAGCGGCCCAUCCGCCCAAUCGUCAUGUCCCACCGAGGGGAUGGGGACCGACCAAAGAAGAGGGUGACCUUCAGCUCCUCGUCCAUCAUCUUCAUCAUCGCCAGCAACGACGUGCACCACCUGGACACCACCUCCAAGAGCGGCCGUUUGUUGUCAGUGGUCAUGCAGGUGCGGCCGCUGUGACAGAGCAUUAUGGGUACUGUAGCACAUCAUGCUACAUCCAGGUUACCAUGGGAAAUGACUAGUCACCUCCAUCUAUCACCUGUUCCUCUGUAUUCAUCCAGGUGUGGCCGCUGUGACAGAGCAUUAUGGGUACUAUAGCACAUCAUGCUACAUCCAGGUCACCAUGGGAAAUGACUAGUCACCUCCAUCUAUCUCCUGUUCCUCUGUAUUCAUCCAGGUGCGGCCGCUGUGACAGAGCAUUAUGGGUACUGUAGUACAUCAUGCUACAUCCAGGUCACCAUGAGAACUGACUAAUCACCUCCAUCUAUCACCUGUUCAUCUGUAUACCUCAGGACUUCCUCUCAUGAUACAGCAAACCCGGAGGUGUUUCCUCUCAAAAGCCAAAACACCUUUCUGACCCAAGACUACUGGAAGUGUUUAAUGUCCUGUUCACAGACUUUCUCGCCAUGAACGCCGUGAACCGCUCUAUCUACCAUCAGCUGUGGUAAACAAAUGAUGUAGCUGUGAAUUUGAGACAUAUUUCUCUUAACUUGUACCCUGUUGUUUUCAACGGCCCCUAUCUAAUCAUGUCUGCCAGCCUUCGACAUAAUCUCAUGCUGAGUUGAUUGUUUUUUAACAGGACCUCCUGUGUGAUACCGGAGGCCAGCAGUGUUAAUGGACCAGUGAUUGGCUGAGGAAGUGAUAUUGAUAAUUAUUAUUUUCCUGGUUGGCAGCACAAUCGUGCUGAAUGACUGUAUACAGCUUCAAACUGAUGGUAAAAAGCCUUACAAUAUUGCAGCAGCACAUUCUGCACAACACUCUCUCCGCCUUUGUCACAUCCAGAUACAAUGAAGAGAUCAUAUUUUAAGAAAACCGCGGAUGAGAUGCAAUUUUUAAAAAUCUUCCUUAUUUAAUUUCACCACACUCGCUAGCGUGAUAAGUGCAAUCACUGUGAAAUGACAUUUGGUGGAAUUAUUCAUGUAGAAUAAUAUGAAUGUAAUUAAAGAGGGAAGAGAUUGUGGUCAAGAUCAGACUGGUUCCACAGUCUGCAGUGAUAAGAAACUCCAGCGGCUCCAGGUUGCAGACGGAGCUAAUUUCAUAAGCCUCCUGGGUUGUCCCCUAUGAAAA